AGCGAGGAGAGAGCGCUAACUCCCCUACACCCGGGGGGGCACAGCUACAACAGCCGUACCAACCCCGACCUAUGGGGCAUCCCCGUCACCCCUGCCGAUCUCCCUCUAUAACAACUCUCACCCUGCACCCAUCAGUAGGCUCCCUGGGGCAGAUCUGAUGCCACCGUCUCUUGCCAUCGGACUGUCAUUGGCAGCAGCCCCGGAGGCUGCUCUUUUGCCCACUUCUACUAUCGCUGAACCUCCAACCGAGCCGCCUCUCCCCUUCUCUCCAGCCUGUGCCCCCUCUCCGUGUGGCUGGGGCUCAUUGCGCCCUAUGUGAUGGAUCCACACCGCCCCAGAGGGACCCUGGCAUUCCACUGCUCCCUGCACUUUUCCUAACCUCCCAAGGGGAAGAAUUCACAGGCAGCCCUAUCGCAUCUAUUUAGGGUAACACUAGCAUCCCGCCUCCAUUCUACCCCCGGGGUAGAUAAUAGCCCCAUCCUGUAGGGAAUUCUAUAUUCUGUAGGCAGACAGGCAGCCAGAGGCAGCCUUUAGAUCGCAACCCUUGGGCUGGCAGCCCCUGACUGGAGGUGGCUGUCACAUUAGGGGUAAGUGAGUUACCUAUUGCCCCCCUGGGUAAUGCUGGGGCAAUGACUGGCAAGCUGUUGGACAAGCUACAAGUGAACAUGACCUCUCUGCUGCCGGAUUCCCUGUACCCCGAAGAGGGGCAGGAUCUGUCUGGAUCUCUAGCCAUCUACCCUGGUGGCAACGAUCAGCACUAUCCGGUCAUGUCUACAGAUAAUGUGAUUGACUUGGGCUUGAACAAUGACAAGAACUCCCAGGAUCUCUCCUACAAUGGCACGUUUCAGCCAGGUAAUAAGACUGUCACCUAUUUGGGCAAGUUUUCCUUUGACUCACCCUCCAGUUGGUGCCAGGAGAACAUAAUUAGCCUCAUGAGCUCCGGCAUCCUUGGCGUGCAGACUUCACAAGCACCAAAUGGCGGAGGAACUGGAAACGGUGGAGGUAACGGUGGCCUUAUGGGACAAAAUCAAAAUGAUGUGGAAUCUAUGUUCCAUGGUUUACCAUCAUAUGCUGGCUGUGGUGACCUAUACCAUGAGCAAGUGGGCUUCCAAGGAGGUGGCAUGGCACCCUACACCUCUCAGGAUUACUCAUCUGCCAAACAGAGCUUGGACUCUGGUGUUUUCCCUAUGAUACCAGACUAUAAUUUGUUCCAUCACAACACAGAGAUGCCUCCAGUGGACCAAAAGCCUUUUCAGAAUAUGGAGGCUAUAAGGGUCAAUCCACCACCUAUAACACCACUGGAAACCAUUAAGGCAUUUAAGGAAAAGCAGGUUUUGCCCAGCUUUGGAGGCAUGGGCCACCAACCACCUCUAACCCUGAAACCCAUCCGUCCCAGAAAGUACCCCAACCGUCCUAGUAAAACCCCUCUCCAUGAAAGGCCUCAUGCCUGCCCUGCAGAAGGCUGUGACCGUCGUUUUUCGCGCUCAGAUGAGCUCACUCGCCAUCUGCGUAUCCACACGGGACACAAGCCCUUUCAGUGUCGCAUCUGUAUGCGGAGCUUCAGCCGCUCUGACCACCUCACCACCCACAUUCGCACUCACACUGGGGAAAAGCCCUUCGCUUGUGAUUUCUGUGGACGCAAAUUUGCACGUAGUGAUGAGAGGAAAAGGCAUGCAAAGAUUCAUCUCAAGCAGAAAGAUAAGAAGGGAGGGGACAAGGCUGUCUGCUCACCUUCUGUGGGUGGGGCACCAGUGGUAACCACCUGUGCUUAAGGACUGUUUCUGCCCAGCCCUGGGUAUAACUAAAGGUGAAGAGAACACAUUAUCAUGCAUCCCUGCCUCAGGGAAAUGUGUUUAAAAGAACAUUCCCCAUGCAUUCAUUCCUGGACAAAUAUUAGCUGAGCAUUGGCAUCAGUUGAAGACCCGCAGAGCAUUGCUCCUUUCUGUCAAGUGAUCUAUACUACUGCAUAUUACUCCAUGCUCACCCUUAAUAGCUACCCAGCAGUGCUAGACUUGCACUCCAUUACCACUGCUGUGAACACAUGCAGAUCAUGACUUCAUCCAUUAGGCCAGAAUCCACCUUGCCCCUAAUAUGCUGUACUAACAGAUCAUUCAUCCAUCUCUUCUCUGUACCCACAAUGCAUUUUAUAGUGACAUUUAGCACACAGAAUUAUCCUCCAUUUGUGUGCCCCUGUCAGAAGUACAGAGAAGCUGAGGUUAUUCUAAAAACAGGGUCAUAAUUUGUGAGGGCUUCUGGUCCCUAAAUGCUGCCUAGAUAAGAUUCUGCUGCUACUGUAUCUCCAACUGUUAGGGUGAAGACACACGGAGUUACUAGUAUCAGCUACUUGUCGUGGCUACUAAAAUAGACAAUACUGAUCACUUACUGAUAAUUGUCUCUACGUGUUUUUUAGCAGAGGCAAUUCUCAUUAUUGUCUAUGGCAGGGGAUUUUCUGGCAUUUAGGAGCCGUGAAAAAGUAGCUGCUACUAGUAGCUCUGUGUGUCUUCACAAUUAUAUCCCAGGGUGCUUCUAUCUAUCUAUCUAUCUAUCUAUCUAUCUAUCUAUCUAUCUAUCAUCUAUCUAUCUAUCUAUCUAUCUAUCUAUCUUUCUUGCUAUCUAUCUGAUUGAUCUCUUCCUUUAUCUUCUCACAUCUCUCUUUCCAACAGUUACAUCCAUCUUUGGUAUAUUUUCUUUCUUUCUCCUCUCAGAGAAUUCCGCUCUCCAUCCCCCUUUCUUACUCUCAUUUUCUUCUCUCUCUCUCUCUCUCUCUCUCGUACAUGCUCCCCCCUGCUUUUCUUUUUAACGUCUGUCACACAGUUUUAUUAGGAAAAGAAAACAGCUACAGCUUGAGUCACCGUGUGUGUGUGAGUGUGUGAGAUUGUGGCUGUGAACAGGCAACAGCGUGGCAGUGAUUGUGUGUCCUGUGGGAUCAGUGCUACGGCUGUGGUCAGUGACACAUUUUAGGCCUAUCCACUACAUGUUAGUGAAAUUAUCUGAAGCUUUAGUUAUUGAUUACAUUUUUAUCAUGAUAAUAGUUGGAUCCUGGAAUGACCAGUGUUAUGGCUGAGUGUGUGCAUGUCGGUACCCCUGGUAUACCCACAGCAUAUAGUACACCAUAACCCUGUCUAUUACCCUGUCCUUCCUUCUCAAUCUGGCUCUUAAGUCUGUACCUUUGUCAUUAUUUGGCAACUCAUUUUCCUUUUUAUGCCAUUCAUUCAUUGUUCCUCCCAAAUCUCCUUACUAUUCUUGCAUUCUUUUCCAUUCUCACAGCUCAAGAAAACUUCACCCUGGUGCACGAUUUGCAAAAUGUGUAUCUAUGCCCACAUCUGCACGCUCCAUCUCUGUAUUUAACUCAUUAUUCCCUAUGGUAGCUGCUGCUCCGCUGCAGAAUGUAGCAUCCCAGUGCAGCCAAGCAAGGUUCAAGCAAGGUUUAAGGGAAGGGCCCAAGGCAAAACAGACUUGUACUCCUGUAAGAGUGGAAUAACUGCUUUGUGGGUUGUGGGUGCCAGGGCCCACAGACACCUCUGCACCUGUGGGUGUCAGGCUUAAAGCCUCAACAGAGUAAAUGGAAGCUGAGCAUUUUGGGGUUUAAAUGAUCUGAUUUUUUCUGUUUAAAUUCCCAAUUAACAUUUCAUACUAGUUUAUCUGUAUAUCCCACCAUUGGUCACACAAAGUUCUCCAUUACACUGUUUAUAUUUUCAGACAGAUGGAACGGAAGGAAAGGUAGAGAAGGACAAAUUUCAUCUUCCCCAAAUGAGCAGUCCUAAUGGGAGCAUGAGAGAAGUUGUAGUUCCACAUGGAGGGCUUCCUAUCUUCCUCCCUUCUCCCCUCCCUCUCAUUUACUAGCACUUAUUACUGCUCAGUCCCUCUUCACUUGCUGUCAUUCACUCCCCUCCUUCCCUCGGAUAUGUCUGCCUGCUCUCCUGCCUUUCUCUUUAUAAAAUGAUGUGUUUGUCAGUUUGAUAUGAAUGGGUGGGGGCAGGUUUGGGGUGAGCCGCCCCAUCUCCCCACCACUCUCUCUUUUUCUCUCUCUCUCUUGCAUGUCUGCAUGACAGCUCUAGAAAUUAACUCUUUCUUUUUCCUGGUAAGUUUGGCUGCUAUGCUGUAAUGAUUCUGGUGCAAAAAAAGGGAUAUCGCAUUAACCCCUUCACUGUCAGCAUAACUGUAUUUUUCUUGGCUGCACAGCUUCAUACUCUGAAGGCAUACUACUAAAGGCAGAUAU